AUAAAGCUGAUAAGUUUUUUACAGUGAUUUAAUUUCGACUUUCGAGUAUAAAAUACUGGUCCCGCUCACCACUAUAACCAGAACUCGUGUUUUUGUACUAAACGUGUGCAAUGCAACCAUACGGUGUUCCGUGCGCUUUCGCGCUGUUGAUCGCGAUCACGUUGCUUUUGGGUGCCACCACAAAUGGUAUCGAAAUACGGCACACCGACAACAAUGUUGAAAACAUCGCUGCUAGAAAACAAGCGAGCAAAAACAACAUUAAUUCCGGUGAAAAUGACAAACAGUUUUGGAACAAUGUUGGAAACGAUCUUCUGCAAAAGAAAUUGAAUUUGGAACGGAAAUACGGCGUAGCCAAGAACGUGAUUUUCUUCAUUGGUGACGGAAUGUCCAUAGCCACAUUGACAUCAGCCAGAAUUUACAUGGGACAGCAGCAAAACAAGACAGGCGAAAAUGAAAUGUUAUCGUUUGAGAAGUUCCCUUUUACUGGUCUUUCGAAAACCUAUUGCGUGGACAGCCAAGUGGCCGACUCGGCUUGCUCGGCCACAGCGUACCUGAUGGGCGUGAAGGGCAACAUCGAGACCAUCGGAGUGUCUGGUGCCGUGUCGAACCGGGACUGCUUGGCCAGCAACGAACCCGAAAACCAAGCGGUCUCCAGCAUGAGGUGGGCGCAACAGGCGGGAAAAAGGACAGGUGUGGUGUCCAACAUGAGAGUGACGCACGCCACGCCGGCUGGCGCUUACGCGAACGUGGCGCAACGCGACUGGGAGUGCGACGGGGACAUGGUCGCUGACAAAUUGGCCGAAAAAUGGUGUGUGACAAAAUCACCCGACAUCGCUCGUCAGCUGAUCGAGAGAGAUACGGGCAGAAACCUGAACGUAGUAAUGGGGGGCGGAAGAGAAAAAUUUUUACCCAACACUGAUAAAGAUCAACAAGGACAGAGACAAGACGGCAGAAAUUUAACUAAAGAAUGGUUAGAGAUAAAUCGCACUUCUGGGGCAAGCAGUGCCUAUGUUACCGAUCGAACCCAAUUGAAAUCUCUGAAUACCAGCGAAACGGAUUAUCUUCUUGGUCUGUUUGCUACCAGUCACAUGUCUUACAACCUGUUGGCCAACAAGUCCGUGGAACCCACGCUUGUAGAAAUGACGGAGAAGGCCAUCGAGGUGCUGUCCAAGGGCGAUGCUGGUUACUAUUUGUUCGUCGAGGGUGGACUCAUCGACUGGGCUCAUCACAGUAACAUGGCACAGUUGGCGCUCGACGAAGCAGCCAUGCUGUCGAAGGCUGUAGGACGGGCUAGAGAGUUGACGUCUCCGGAUGACACACUGAUCGUUGUCACGUCUGACCAUUCACACACCAUGACCAUAAAUGGUUACCCACACCGGGGUAGCGACAUUUUGGGACACCCGGUAACUGCCUCCACUGACAAUAUGCCGUACUCGACGCUCAGUUAUGCCAACGGUCCAUCCGCCCGUUCACGGUACAAUUUGAGCGAGGACAAUACAAAAAAUCCCGAAUACCAAUUUCCAUCGAUGGUAAAUUUGACGUGGGAGACUCAUGGUGGUGAAGACGUUGGAGUCUUCGCUUCUGGGCCGUGGGCUCAUCUGUUCGUCGGAAAUUACGAACAGAACUACAUACCGUACGCAAUAAGUUACGCUGCUAACAUGGGACCUGGAGCUGAAUUCGAACGGAAACACGGGGACAACGCCGAAUCAUCGAGCACGAGAAUUUUGGUCGGUCCGUCGUUGUUACAGUCCAUAUCGCUAGCCACAUUCACGGCACUCGUCGCGUUCCUACUUCAGUAACCAUAAUAAAUAUUACCUAAAUUAUGGUAUAAUAUACUAACCAGUGGACUCGCGACUAAAAACACGCGGCGUUGCUGCAGUGGUGUAUACAAUUUAUUUAUGUUUUUUUUUUUUUUUGUGGGAGGGAUUUUAGUGGAUAUCACACAGUGUACCAUACCAUUUGUUUUAGUAUUAUUCAUAAAACACGGAUAGAAUAUUCUUAUUUAUCACAUUAAACUUAGAUGUAAAUUAAAUAUAAAAAUUGUAUAUAAUAAACAACUGUCGAACAAUAAAA